CGCCGUUCUUCUCCUUCGUCAAAACCAAAUCCCUCGACUACCAUUCCCUUCAUUCUCUUCCCAUGGCCUUGAACAGCAUGCUCCGGCACCGCCUCUUCACUCGCUUUGGCUCAAGCCACGCCGGUCCGAGCCGAUGGACAAGCCCGGGGCACCAAGAGAAGCCCAACGGCUACCUAUUCAACCGGACUCCACCACCACCGGGUCAGUCUCGUAAAUGGGAAGACUGGGAGCUUCCCUGCUACAUAACCAGCUUUUUGACGGUCGUGAUUUUGGGCGUUGGUCUUAAUGCCAAACCCGAUCUCACCAUCGAGACCUGGGCGCACCAGAAAGCCCUUGAACGCCUCGAGAUGGAGAAAUCUGAGUGAUUGAUUGAGUGAGUGUUUGGAUUUGCGAUCUCAUGUCUUUUAAUUUUUGUUGAUAAGUCUGAUGUUUUGUUUAGUUGAAUAAAGGCUUUUUAUGAACCUUGGUAACUGGUUAAAUAGCAACAACUUUAUUACUUUUCUGCCUCUAGAUUUACUGUUACAGUGUUAGCAUGCGGAAUUGCAUGUUUUUUAGAAAUUUCUUGUUUUUGA